AAUCAGGCACGCUGCAGGGAGGAGGGUGCGACGUUCAAAGAGCCCGCGGAGUCUUCUCCACGCCCCUGCGCUCUGAGUCCUGGGUCUGUCGCUGAGAGAGAGACGCCCUGAAGGUCUCUAUCAGCGUCUGUCGCGCCGAGACCCACACUGGACGCUGGCUUAUAGGGAGGACACCCGGACACCAAGAAGCCGGGAAAUGGACUCAGUGGCCUUUGAGGAUGUGGCUGUGAACUUCACACAAGAGGAGUGGGCUUUGCUGGGUCCAUCACAGAAGAGUCUCUACAGAAAUGUCAUGCAGGAAACCAUUAGGAACCUGGACUGUAUAGAAACGAAAUGGGAGGACCAGAGCAUUGGAGAUCAGUGCCAAAAUCCCAGGAGAAAUCUAAGAAGUCAUCCAUGUGAAAUUAAAGAUGAUAGUCAAUGUGGAGAAAGUUUUGGCCAGAUUCCAGAUAGUACUGUGACCAAGAACACUCCUCGAGGAAAUUCAUGUGACAGCAGUGAGUGUGGAGAAGUCGCCAUGGGUCAUUCAUCUCUUAAUUGCAACAUCAGAGUUGACACUGGACACAAAUCAUGUGAGCAUCAGGAAUAUGGAGAGAAGCCAUAUACACAUAAACAACGUGGGAAAACCAUCAGUCAUCAGCACUCCUUUCAAACACAUGAAAGGCCUCCCACCGGAAAGAAACCCUUCGAUUGUAAAGAAUGCGCAAAAACCUUUAGUUCUCUUGGAAACCUUCGCAGACACAUGGCGGCACACCAUGGAGAUGGACCUUAUAAAUGUAAGUUGUGUGGGAAAGCCUUUGUUUGGCCCAGUUUAUUUCAUUUGCACGAAAGAACGCACACUGGAGAGAAACCGUAUGAAUGUAAGCAGUGUUCUAAAGCCUUUCCUUUUUACAGUUCCUAUCUAAGACAUGAGAGAAUCCACACGGGAGAGAAAGCGUAUGAAUGUAAACAGUGUUCCAAAGCCUUUCCUGAUUACAGUACCUAUCUAAGACAUGAAAGAACUCACACCGGAGAGAAACCCUAUAAAUGUACACAAUGUGGGAAAGCCUUCAGCUGUUACUAUUACACUCGACUCCACGAAAGGACUCACACGGGAGAACAACCCUACGCAUGUCAGCAAUGUGGGAAAACGUUUUAUCAUCACACCAGCUUUCGAAGACACAUGAUAAGGCACACUGGAGAUGGACCUCAUAAAUGUAAGAUAUGUGGGAAAGGCUUUGAUUGUCCUAGUUCGGUUCGAAAUCAUGAAACGACUCACACUGGAGAGAAACUCUAUGAAUGUAAACAGUGUGGGAAAGUUUUAUCUCAUAGCUCAAGCUUUCGAAGUCACAUGAUAACACACACAGGAGAUGGACCCCAGAAAUGCAAGAUAUGUGGGAAAGCCUUCGGUUGUCCCAGUUUAUUUCAAAGACACGAAAGGACUCACACUGGAGAGAAACCCUAUGAAUGUAAACAAUGUGGUAAAGCCUUCAGUCUUUCCGGUUCCCUUCGAAGACAUGAAGCAACUCACACUGGAGUGAAACCGUAUAAAUGUAAAUGUGGGAAAGCCUUUAGUGAUCUCUCUUCCUUUCAAAAUCAUGAGACAACUCACACUGGAGAGAAGCCGUAUGAGUGUAAGGAAUGUGGGAAGGCAUUCAGUUGUUUCAAAUACCUUUCUCAGCAUAAAAGGAUCCACACAGUAGAAAAACCUUACGAGUGUAAAACAUGUAGGAAAGCCUUCAGUCAUUUCAGUAACUUAAAAGUCCACGAAAGGAUUCACUCUGGAGAGAAGCCGUAUGAAUGUAAGGAAUGUGGGAAAGCAUUUUCUUGGCUCACUUGCCUUCUAAGACAUGAAAGAAUUCACACUGGAGAGAAACCCUAUGAAUGUCUCCAAUGUGGUAAAGCCUUCACUCGUUCCCGUUUCCUUCGAGGACAUGAAAAAACUCACACUGGAGAGAAGCUGUAUGAAUGUAAGGAAUGUGGGAAAGCACUGAGUUCUCUCCGUUCCUUGCAUAGACAUAAAAGGACUCACUGGAAAGAUACUCUGUAAAUGUAUGGAAUGUGGGAAAACAUUCAGUACUUUUACUUAAUUUCAGAAACUUGAAAGAACUCACUUUGGAGAUAGACCCUAUGAAUGUAAACACGGGAUAAAGCCUUAAGCAGUUUCAAUUUUUUAAAUAUAGUUAUCCCCCAAUAUAUUGCAGGGGAUUGGUUCCAGCACCCCCUAAAUCCACAGAUGCCAAGUCCUUUGUUAUAUGGCAUAUUUGCAUGUAACCUAUGCACAUCCUCCUGUAUACUGUGUAAGUCAUCUCUAGAUUACUUUUAAUACCUCAUGCGUUGUAAAAGCUAUGUAAAUAGUUGUUUGAUUGUAUUGUUUAGAGAAUCAUGACAAGAAAAAUAGUCUCUACAUGUUCAACACAGACACAACCAUUGCAGGCCCGCCUACAGAGUAUAUGUCACCCAGAACAUUAAAAUUUCUUUGUUUUAACAUUCA